AUGAGCGUGGUAGACCGGGCUACUGAGGAGGAACGAGCGAGCGAAGUUGGUGAGCGAGCAGUGAAAGGAGAGCAAGCAAGGCCGGCUGUGGCUGACGAUGCGGAAGAUGAAGAAGAGGAAAAGGAAGAAGAAACGGAAGAAAAAGAAGUCGGCCCUGCCAAGCCGUCCAGGGCAUCCCAAACACGUUACUUGCUGGCUCCUUGCCACCCGGGGCGGGCUGGACCAUGGAGCAUUUACCCGUCGCCGGGCAGGGCGCUGGCGCUGGUUGGCCCCAGGGCUGCAAAGGGGCCGCAAAGGGGCAUCUCGAGGGUUGUCUAG